UUGAAAUUAGUAUGAAUGAGAUCAUGAGGAGCGGAGGAGAGCUCCCAUUUCAUCCCAUUUCGGCGGAGGUGGUGUCCUUGCUGAGGCUGAGGCUGAGACAGUGCUCCAACCUCAAACACAUAGAGCAAGCUCAUGGAUUUAUGGUAGCCGGAGGCCUUCAUCAGGACAAUCGAACCCUUCCCCGACUCAUCCAGGCCUGCUCUUCUCUUGGCUUCUCAGAUUACGCCUAUUCCGUCUUCACCCGCACCCAUGGCCAGCCAAGCAUUUAUCUCUAUAACACCAUCAUCAAGGCCAAGGCUCUCUCUCCCUCUCCCUCCCACGCCAUCUCUCUUUACAACAGAAUCCAACUCGCCGCCUUGCGCCCUGACACCUACUCCUUCCCUUUUGUGCUCAAGGCCGUCGUUCGCUUGGCGCCACCUCAAGUUCAACGACUGGUGGGCGCACAGAUUCACUGUCAUAUCAUAGGAAUUGGCUUUGACAUGGAUGCAAGCGUCCUCACUGCCCUUAUUCAUAUGUAUUCCUCUUGUGGAUGUGUUUCCGACGCCCGCACACUGUUUGACGGAGCUGCUGCGUUUGCCUUUGCCUUUAGGGAUGUCGCCCUCUGGAACGCAAUGAUUGCAGGAUAUGCCAAGUCAGGUGAUGUCGACAAUGCCCGCCAUUUGUUCGAACUUAUGCCCCCUAGGAUUAGGAAUGUCAUUUCUUGGACUGCCCUGAUUGCCGGAUAUGCUCAGGUGGACCGCCCCCACGAGGCCAUCACAGUCUUCCGGAGAAUGCAGCUUGAGAAUGUUCAGCCUGAUGAGAUAUCCAUGUUAGCCGCACUCUCUGCUUGUGCCCAUUUAGGGGCUCUCCACUUGGGGGAGUGGAUCCAUAACUAUAUUGAGAAACAUGAAUUUCGUAAGCUGGUUUCUCUCAAUAACGCACUUAUCGACAUGUAUGCCAAAUCAGGCAACAUAACAAAAGCCCUUCAAGUUUUUGAAAAUACCAAAUGUAAAACUGUCGUAACUUGGACGACCAUGAUUGCUGGACUGGCUUUGCAUGGUCUCGGAAGAGAAGCCCUUGAAAUGUUUGCUCAAAUGGAAAGGGUUAAAAUCAAGCCUAAUGAUAUCACUUUCAUUGCCAUCCUUUCUGCUUGUAGCCAUGGUCGAUUGGUUGAAAUAGGCCAUUGGUAUUUUAGCAUCAUGGUUUCCAAGUAUAGGAUUAAACCCAAAAUUGUGCACUAUGGCUGCAUGAUAGAUCUACUCGCGCGUGCCGGUUAUCUUCAAGAGGCACACGAAUUGGUUAGACAGAUGCCAUUUGAAGCAAACGCAGCUAUAUGGGGUUCUCUUCUUGCCGCUUCUAAUAUUCAUGGGGAUGCGGAGCUUGGACAACAUGCUUUGCAACAUCUAAUAAUGCUAGAGCCCCAUAAUAGUGGAAAUUAUGCACUUUUGUCUAAUGUGUAUGGUUCUCUGGGUAGGUGGGAUGAAUCGGGCAUGCUAAGGAAAGUUAUGAGGGACACGGGUGUGAAGAAGACUCCAGGAAGGAGUUCCAUAGAAGUGAAUAACAGAGUUCAUGAAUUCAUUGCAGGAGACAAAUCCCACUUUGAAUGCACUAGGAUAUAUGAAGUCCUGUAUAAGAUUUUCAGGCAGUUGAAGCUGGCUGGACAUCUGCAACAAGAUUUUGGGGAGCUGCUUGAAUUUGCUGAAUAGCCAUUAGCCAGGAUUUGAUACUCCAAUUCUUCCAACGUCCAGUUUAACCAGAUCUGAAAUCUCCUUGGCAUCACCGUAUCUCUACCAGGGUUUCAUCAACAAGAAGGCCAUGUCUUAUUCCUUCUGCAGAGCUCUGAAAUAACGUGUCCAGAUCUUCCUUUUGACAUUCUUCCCCACGUAUUGU